UCUCCGGUUUGUUUUCCGCAUUGCUGCCGCUGCAUCAACAAAUGCUGUAAAUAUGGCGUCCGCCCUCGGUCGCCUUUCCAGACUGUCGGUCCUCAGAGUCCCCCGCAAAUCGCCGAUGACCCCCCCCGGUGUGCCGGGGAACACCGUGAUUGCGUGCCGGACAGCCGUGUGCUCAUCAUCCGGUGGUAUGCUCCCCAAACCCAAGAAGACCCCCUUCGGCCUAAUCCGGAUCGGUCUGGUAGUGGUGCCCUUCUUGUAUGUGGGGACUCAGAUCAGCAAGAACUUUGCUGCACUGCUGGAGGAGCACGACAUCUUCGUCCCCGAGGACGACGACGACGACGACUGAGGGGGCUGUAAAGCUUCCUGGUUACCAGAUUGUUUUGUGACGACCACCGCCAAGUGUCCGUGAGCAUCUGAGCAGAUAAACCCCUUCCUGGAGUUGCGUCUGUGUGCACUAGAUUCAGGGUUUUUGCUGCCCCCGCGCUGAUCGUAUUGUACUGUAUUUGUCAUGCACUACUCACAUCUUAAUAAAGGACUAUUGCUUGUAAAAUA